GGCGGCGGAGAAGCGCGCCAUGGAGCACGUGACGGAGGGUUCCUGGGAGUCGCUGCAGGUGCCCCUGCACCCGCAGGUGCUGGGUGCGCUCCGGGAACUGGGUUUCCCGUACAUGACGCCGGUGCAGUCCGCCACCAUCCCUCUGUUCAUGAAAAACAAAGAUGUCGCCGCAGAAGCAGUCACAGGUAGUGGCAAAACACUGGCUUUCGUCAUCCCUAUCCUGGAAAUUCUUCUGAGAAGGGACGAGAAGUUAAAAAAGAGUCAGGUUGGAGCCAUAAUCAUCACCCCCACUCGAGAGCUGGCCAUUCAAAUAGAUGAGGUCCUGUUGCAUUUCACGAAGCACUUCCCACAGUUCAGCCAGAUUCUUUGGAUCGGAGGCAGGAAUCCUGCAGAAGAUGUUGAGAGGUUUAAGCAGCAAGGUGGGAACAUCAUUGUGGCAACUCCAGGCCGCUUAGAGGACAUGUUCCGAAGGAAGGCAGAGGGCUUGGAUCUGGCCAGCUGUGUGAGAACCCUGGAUGUCCUGGUGCUGGAUGAAGCAGACAGACUUCUGGACAUGGGAUUUGAGGCAAGCAUAAACACCAUCCUGGAGCUUUUGCCAAAGCAGAGGAGAACAGGCCUCUUCUCUGCCACUCAGACUCAGGAAGUGGAGAAUUUGGUGAGAGCGGGCCUCCGGAACCCUGUCCGGGUCUCGGUGAAGGAGAAGGGUGUGGCAGCCAGCAGCACCCAGAAGACCCCCUCCCGCCUGGAGAACUACUACAUGGUAUGUAAGGCAGAUGAAAAAUUUAAUCAGCUGAUACAUUUUCUUCGAAAUCAUAAGCAGGAAAAACACCUAGUCUUCUUCAGCACUUGUGCCUGUGUGGAAUAUUAUGGAAAAGCUCUGGAGGCACUGGUGAAAAGCGUGAAGAUAAUGUGCAUUCAUGGAAAGAUGAAAUAUAAGCGCAAUAAGAUCUUCAUGGACUUUCGCAAAUUGCAAAGCGGGAUUUUAGUGUGCACUGAUGUGAUGGCCCGGGGAAUAGAUAUUCCUGAAGUAAACUGGGUUUUGCAGUAUGAUCCUCCCAGCAAUGCAAGUGCCUUUGUGCAUCGCUGUGGCCGCACGGCCCGUAUCGGCCACGGCGGCAGUGCUUUGGUGUUCCUCCUGCCCAUGGAAGAGUCCUACAUCAACUUCCUUGCAAUUAACCAGAAGUGCCCCCUGCAGGAGAUGAAACUCCAGAAAAACACAGUGGACCUUCUGCCAAAGCUCAAGUCCAUGGCCCUGACUGACAGAGCUAUGUUUGAAAAGGGCAUGAAAGCUUUUGUGUCAUACAUCCAGGCUUAUGCAAAGCACGAAUGCAACCUGAUCUUCAGAUUAAAGGAUCUUGAUUUUGCUAGUCUUGCUCGAGGUUUUGCCCUGCUGAGGCUGCCCAGGAUGCCAGAGCUGAGAGGAAAGCACUUUCCAGAUUUCAUGCCCGUGGAUGUUAACACAGACACGAUUCCAUUUAAAGAUAAAAUUAGAGAGAAACAGAGGCAGAAAAUGUUAGAGCAACAAAGAAAAGAGAAAACAGAAAAUGAAGGGAGAAGAAAAUUCAUAAAAAAUAAAGCUUGGUCGAAGCAGAAGGCCAAAAAGGAAAAGAAGAAAAAGAUGAAUGAAAAAAGGAAAAGAGAAGAGGGCUCUGAUAUUGAAGAGGAGGACAUGGAGGAACUUCUCAAUGACACAAGGCUCUUAAAAAAGCUUAAAAAAGGCAAAAUUACUGAAGAAGAAUUUGAGAAGGGGCUGUUGACAAGUGGCAAAAGAGCUAUCAAGACAGCAGAUAUAGGGAUCUCAGAUUUGGAGGAUGACUGCUGAUUCCAGUGCCUCUAAUGUGUACCAGGACACAGCUGGCCCUGAACUUGGUGGACAGCUCUUCCAUUUGCUUUUACUUUAGGAGACAUCUGAGAAGAAUCAGUUCCUGAAAGCUAUCCUUUCAGAGUGGGGAGAAAUUAGGGGCUUUCAUACUUGUGAAUAUUUUACUAAAAACAUACCAGUCUUGAAUUCUAACGGAAGAAAAUGUAAAAUUAUUUGAGUGUAAAUAGUAUAUGUCUAUUUAUUUUGAU